AUGCAACUCGAGCAUGCACUGCCAGUCCAGGACCUGCGUCUGGGGAGCUACCCUCUCCAGGAACAAAAUGGCACACUCCAUAUGGGAGCGACGCUAGCGAUGCAGAGCUUCUUGUGCACGGUCCUCUUCGGCAUCGUCGACUUCCAAACUAUAGCGAUCGAAGCCAUGCGCGGAUUGAGCCUCUUCUUCCUCGCUGCCACCAGCGCGCUCGCCUCUCCUCGAGGACCGCCAGGCUGGGGCUCUUGGGGUAAUCGUGGUUGCAAGCAGAUCCAGCAUGAUUUUGGCAGACGGCCUAGCAAACCCGAUCCGAGAGCUGAGCGUGUCAAGCAGGCGUAUCUGGAUUCGUGGAAUGAGUAUGUCGAGUAUGCAUUUGGGCAUGAUGAGUUGUUGCCUUUGACACAUGCGCCGAGAGAUCCGUACAUCAACUGGGGCCUCACGAUUGUGGAUGGACUCGAUACGGCGGCUAUUAUGGGCUUGACGGAUGUGGUGGAUAAGCAGUUGGCGUUUAUUGAGACGAUUGAUUUUACUCGAUCAGACACCCUCCCCAAUGUGUUCGAUACGACGAUCAGAUGGAUUGGCGGUCUUCUCAGUGCUUACGAUCUCAUCACAAACAACAAGGUGCCGAACGCUCGACACUACAACCGCACACAAGUCAAUGCCCUUCUCAAGGGAGCACAGACAUUGGCAGAUCUUUUCGAGCCCGUCUUUGACACUCCUUCUGGCCUGCCUCACUUCUUCUACAACACAUCGACUGGAGAGAUCACAGACGGUCCUUACCCCUAUACUGAUCCCUUCACCAACAUUACCUACACAGCCGUCAUCAACACUGCCAUCGCGGGUACGAACAUCCUCGAAUGGCAUCGUCUAUCGGACUUGACUGGCAACGAUAAAUACCGCCGCAUCUCCGACCGCUCCAACUCCAACCUCGUCAACCCCAACCCCAAGCCCAUCUACCCCAACCUCGUCGGCUCCAUGCUCGACAUCAACACGGGCAAAUUCUUCGCCUUCGACGCCGGCUGGCAAAGCGGCAUCGACUCCUUCUACGAAUACCUCAUCAAAUCCGCCAUCUACAACCCCAAAGCCGCCACCGCAUCCCAAUACAAAGACUACUGGACCACGACCGUCGAAUCCACCCAACGCCACCUCGUCGAACACCCCUACGAGCACCCGGAACUGACCUUCAUCACCCAGCUCAACGAAUCCGGCGUCUCGCGCCACUUCCAAGAUGACUACGCCUGCUUCGCCGGCGGCAACCUCCUCCUCGGCGGCGCAUACCUCGACCGCCAGGACUUCAUCGCCCUCGGCCUCGCGCACGCCGAUUCCUGCCACCGCACUUUCAACGCCACCGUCUCCGGCCUCAAUCCCCUCCAGUUCGCCUGGUACGGCCCCAACAACUCCACCGGCGCCCCAGCCAGCGCCCUCGCCAACAACGCCGCCCAAAACGCCCUGGGCACCACCCUCGGCCCGCAGGUCUUCUCUCAACUCGCACAGAACGCCACCCAACACCCUUACCAUAUAAACGCUGCGGACAUCUCCUCCGCCGACCAGCAAUCUUUCUACGACGAAAACGGGUUCUAUAUCGUCAAUGGUCUGUACACGAACUACCCCGAGCCCAUCGAGAGUAUGUUCUACGCGUGGCGGGUCACGGGCGAUACGAAGUGGCAGGAUUAUGUGUGGGAGGUGUUUGAGGCGAUGGAGAGGGAUGGGAAUCGGGGUGGGACGGCGAUGUCGAGUCUGUGGGAUGUUCAGCAGCCUCUGGGUGGGGAUCAGUUUGAUAAUUUGCCGAGUUACUACUUCGCGGAAACAUUGAAGUAUUUGUAUCUUACCUUCUCGGAUACAGACCUGGUGGUGCUGGAUGAGUUUGUGUUCAACACGGAGGGGCAUCCGUUGAGGGUGCAGUUUGGGACUUGUAAUUCCCAGCAUGGAUGGUGGUAG